AUGAUCAAAUCAAUGGAAACAAAGGAGGAUAUCUUUUCAAAUUUUUUUGACGUGCCCAAGAUCAAGAAAAUUCUGAAAGAACAAAAGCUCGACUUCAAGCAUUAUAUCAAAUUCAAAAACCAAUACAAUGUUCAUCUGGUGGGUUCAAGAGUGAAAAAACACAAUAAUGGCUCCAAUGGCUCCAAAUCGGAUGAGAACAGAUCCAGUGCCUCCGAGUCCAGUGUAAACAGGUCAAGCGCCUCCAAGUCUGAUGUGGACAAGGUGAAAAAACUCUCCAGUGAUAUCAAAGAAACAAAGAAGCAGUUGUCGUCACUGUCAAGGCAGCUUUCAAAACUGCAACGACAUCGCAUGGACUGUGGCAAUGAAUCGCGCUCCUGGGAGAAGAAGCACAACAGCAUGAACUUUGAGCUAUACAAAAAGUUGAAGGAUGCUAGAAGUGAUUACGAUGAAUUGUGCAUGAAAGUGUCAAGCUUGAAGUCAUCGAUAAAGCAAAUGUCCAGUGAGAUGUACAUUUUGAACAAAAGGAUCCACGGUCAACAAGUACAUCAAGCUGCUGCCGAUGCCAUGCCAAAGCCAUUGGCUGUUGAUAGUAACACUAUCGUUCAAGACACUGACCCUGGUGUGAUGACCGCCGCCAGUAGUGUAUGGUGCUCUUCUCUCGCUCUUUUUGAGUCGAUCAAUCGGUUUCAAAUGCUGCAAGAUUAUUCUGACACUGCAACCUCUCUUGGAAACGAAGAAACAAUCGUCAAGUAUGAAAUGACAGCCAACAAAGUCGAUAAUGAUGUCCUCUCCAAUAGGCGAAAGAAGAGGAAGAAGUCAUCAGUCAAGAGGCUACAGAAAGGAAGAGCAACUGGACGAAUCCGCUUGAAGAAACUUCACCAAUAUUUGGUAGCCAGUGAAGCCAAAUCUGCUGCAACCAUGUCCACCUUCAACAAGCCAAAGAUGGUUACCUUCAUAGGAAACUGGCAUUGCAAUACUCAGUACCUCCGUGGCCACAGCACUCGAAGUAUGAGGCCGUACAUGUCAACGCUGUCCACAAGAAGCACAGUCAGAUUGGUGGACGAAUACAAUUCUACAAAAAUUUGCUGCUCAUGUUUCAAGGAGACACAGAAACAACAGGUGCGUGGUGAGGAUAAUAGAAUGAAGAGGAACCUCGGUGCCGUUACAUGCUUUAACCCUGAGUGUCCAAAAAGGCUGGCUAAACAAACUACCAUGAAUCGUGAUGAGCAAGGAGCGAGUAACAUUGCCCUCAUUGGUUUUUCGGCACUGGUCUCGUUUGUCAACAAGGUGUUGCCUCCUUUCAGUCGAGUUCAAAAUCCUGAUAAGUAA